AUGCAGUAUUCCAUCGCCAUCAGCGCUAUCCUUUCGGCCAUGGCUAUCCAAACUACUCUUGCUGCUACUUGCGACGUCAAAGGCAAAAAGGAAAACUGUUGCUGGGGCAAGGGCAACGAAUCCUGCCAGAAUCAGAAUCGGAACAACGAAAUCUGGUGUAGCAAGGACAAGGCAAAUUACUGCAGCAAUGUCAUGAAGCAGGGCACCAAUACGCCCGUCUCCGCAACUUGUGAUGCUGAUUGCUGUGAUACUAUCACUGGCUUCGGAACGGGAUGCCCCAAAUAG